AUGGCAGCCAACGGGCCCCGGAGCUCCCUGCGCGGAGCCCUCUGCAGGCAGCUACUGCUGACCCUUGUGGUCUUCAGUUUUGCUUGUGAAGCUUGCAAAAAGGUGAUAUUUCAUAUACCUUCCAAACUAGAGGCAGACAAAGUGGUUGGCAGAGUUAAUUUGAAAGAGUGCCUCGGAUCUGCAGACCGCAUCCAAUCCAGUGAUCCUGAUUUCAGAGUUCUAGAAGAUGGGUCAGUAUACACAGCCCAUGCUGUUGUGUUGUCUGAUGAGAAAAGAUCUUUCACCAUAUGGCUUUCUGACUCAAAGAAACAGACACAGAAAGAGAUUCCUGUGCUCCUGGAACAUCAGAAGAAGGUACUGAGGAAGAGACACACUAAAGAGACUGUUCUCAGGCGUUCCAAGAGGAGAUGGGCGCCUAUCCCCUGCUCAAUGCUAGAGAAUUCCUUGGGCCCUUUCCCUUUGCUCCUUCAACAAGUUCAGUCUGACGCAGAACAGAACUAUACCCUCUUCUACUCAAUAAGUGGGCGUGGAGUUGACCAAGAACCUUUAAAUCUGUUUUUCAUAGAAAGAAAAACUGGAGAACUAUAUUGUCGCAAGCCUGUGGAUCGUGAAGAAUAUGAUGUUUUUGAUCUGAUUGCCCAUGCGUCAACUGCAGAUGGGUAUUCAGCAGAAUUACCUCUUCCACUGUCCAUCAGAGUGGAGGAUGACAAUGACAACCGCCCUAUUUUCACGGAAGAAAUUUAUAAUUUUGAAGUUCCUGAAAGCAGUAAAAUUGGUACUACAGUGGGAGUGGUUUGUGCCACAGACAGAGAUGAACCAGACACGAUGCAUACGCGCCUGAGGUAUAGCAUUUUGGAGCAGACGCCAGGAUCACCUGGGAUCUUUUCUGUGCAUGCCGGCACAGGUGUAAUCGUCACAGUCUCUCGUUUUUUGGACAGAGAGGUUGUAGGCAAGUACUCAUUGAAAAUGAAAGUACAAGACAUGGAUGGUCAAACUUUUGGAUUGAUGAGUACAGCAACUUGCAUCAUAACAGUAAAAGAUUCAAAUGACAAUUUACCCACUUUCAGCAAAAAUGCUUAUGAAACAUCAGUAGAGGAAAAUCUGUUCAAUGUGGAAAUCUUACGAAUACCUGUAGAAGAUAAGGAUUUAAUUAACACUACCAGUUGGAGAGCCAAUUUUACUAUUUUAAACGGCAAUGAAAAUGGACAUUUCAGUAUCAGUACAGACAAAGAAACUAAUGAAGGUGUUCUCUAUGUUGUAAAGCCACUGAAUUACGAAGAAAACCGUCAAGUGGUCCUGGAAAUUGGAGUAGGCAAUGAAGCUCCAUUUACUGGAGAUGUGACAGGCAUAAUUACAAACAUGAACAGAGCCUUUGUCACAGUUCAUGUGAAGAAUCAGGACGAAGGGCCUGAAUGCAUACCUGCAGUCCAAUAUGUACAGAUUAAAGAAAACUCCCCAGUGGGUUCAAAGAUCAAAGUAUAUAAGGCAUAUGACCCUGAAACUAGAAGUAGCAGUGGUUUAAGGUACAAAUUAUUGUAUGACCCAAAAGGGUGGAUCACGAUUAAUGAAUUUUCGGGCUCACUCGAAACUUCCAAAAUCUUAGACAGGGAGGCUGCAACUCCCAGAAAUGCCUUGUAUAAUGUUACAGUCCUGGCAAUAGAUCAAGAUGGUAGAUCAUGUACUGGAACCCUUGUAGUUAAGAUUAAAGAUGAGAAUGAUAAUCCACCAGAAAUAUCUCAAAGUUAUCUAGUAAUUUGCAAACCAAAGAUGGAGUAUGUUGACAUUACAGCUGUUGAUCCUGACGAGCCCAUCCACGGCGCUCCAUUUGACUUCAGCUUGGCAAACGCUUCUCCAGAAAUCACCAGACUAUGGACCCUCGUCAAAUUUAAUGAUACAGCUGCCCGUCUUUCAUAUCGGAAAAAUGCCAAAUCUCAAGACUAUUUUAUUCCUAUUACUGUAAAAGAUAGAGGAAAUCAAUCUACAACAAAAACCUUGACAGUGAACCUCUGUGAUUGUACUCAUCCAGAUCAAUGUCACACGUUUCCACCGCAUAGAGCGAUACUUGGCAAAUGGGCGAUCCUUGCGAUACUUCUGGGUAUAGCAUUGCUUUUCUUUAUAUUGCUAACUGUAGUAUGUGGAUUUGUUAGUGCCAGAAAUAAAAAAAGUUUUCCUGAAGAUUUGGCACAGCAAAACUUAAUCAUCUCAAACACAGAAGCACCUGGAGACGAUAAGGUGUGUUCUGCCAGUGGUUUUACGACCGAUACAGUCAACAACUCUAGCCAAGGCUUUUGUGGUACUAUGGGAUCAGAAGUCAAAAAUGGCAGGCAGGAAACCAUUGAAAUGGUAAAAGGAGGAAACCAGACCUUGGAAUUGUGCCAGGGGGCCGGGCAUCGUCACACCCUGGAUUCCCGCAGAGGAGGCACCAUGGAGAGGGACCACUCGGAAUGGUACAGUUUCACUCAGCCCCGCCUUGGUGAAAAAUUGCAUCUAUGUAAUCAGGAUGAAGACCACAUGCCAUCUCAAGAUUAUGUUCUUACGUAUAACUAUGAAGGAAGAGGGUAUCCAGCUGGUUCUGUAGGUUGCUGCAGUGAAAAACAGGAAGAAGAUGGCCUUGACUUUUUAAAUAAUUUGGAAACCAAAUUUACUGCCUUAGCAGAAACAUGCACAAAGAAAUAA